UUUCCGGUCGCUAUUGGGAUGAAGUUCCGAGGGAAGAUCGUGGAUGUUGGUUGUUUAAAUCAUUUCACCCGUGUUGUGAACACGAUCUCCAAACUCACUAAGUUAUGUAUUCUAAGACUUACCAGUGACAAGCUGUACUUUAUCCUUUCUGACAAAGUGGCCAGUGGAGGUGUUGCAAUGUGGUGUCAGCUGUUUCAGGGCAAUUUUUUUGAUGAAUUUCAGAUUGAAGGAGUAUCAGCAGAGCAUAAUGAAAUUUACCUGGAACUCAUGCCUGAAAACCUAUCAAGGUCCUUGAAAACAGCUCAGAAUGCCAAAACUGUAAAAAUUAAGUUGACAAUGAAGCAUUGUCCGUGUAUCACCAUUGCUGUAGAAUUGCCUUCCCUCUCCAGCCACAAUCGUAUUGUUACACAUGACAUUCCCGUUAGCAUCAUCCCCAGAAAGCUUUGGAAUGAUUUUGAAGAACCCAGUGUUCCAGAUUUUGAUGUCAGUAUUUAUUUACCAGUACUGAAGAUCAUGAAGAGUGUUGUGGAAAGAAUGAAGAAUCUUGCUAAUCAUAUUAUAAUUGAAGCCAAUCAGAAUGGAGAAAUGAAUUUGAAAAUUGAUACUGAUCUGGUGUCAGUGACAACACAUUUUAAAGAACUUGGGAAUCCCCCUUGGGUUGAAGAAGGUACGCAACCUGAUUCCUACCAAAUAAGCGAUCCGACAAGCAUGGCUGAAGCUAGGAUAGACAUAAAGAGACUACUUCAAUUUCUUGCUGGACAGCAAGUCAACCCGAGCAAAGCCAUAUGUAAUAUAGUGACUAACAAAGUUAUUCACUUUGUUUUACUGCACGAAGAUGUGUCCCUUCAGUACUUUAUUCCAGCUGUUGCUUGAGAAACUUCACAUUAACAUCUAGAAGUAUCAUGGACCCCUGCAAAAGUACCAUCCUUGCUUGAAAUAAAAGAGCUUUCUGCCUGAGAAGUCUACACAGUGACAAGAUAUUAAGAUAUGGUGCCAAUAAUUGAACUUGACAUUGCAAUAACCUUUUUUUUAGAUCUUGGAAAGAUUAUUGGUUGAUAUUUGGUGUCUAAUUUUCUAUUCAAUAUAGAAUGUUUCAAUAUUUUUCCUACUUUUCCUGAUAGACUAAACUGAUUCCCUACAGUUUUGAAUAGCUAUUGUAGAUGAAACUCCGUUUUCCAACUUGUCUCAUUAAUGCAUACGUGGUCUCCGAGCUGGAAAGUGGCAUUUUUUUAAUAUUAAAAAGGUCUUCUGUGGAGUUUUGCUUUGCUGUAUACUCUUUAUUUUUCAUAUCAAAGCAAUCAUUGGAGUUUAAAAUACACUUCUGGUAUUUUGUGCAUAAUUUGUUACAAUUUCAGUUAUGU